CCAUGGUCGCCGUGGUCCAGCUGUUCCCUGUCGUGCGGCUCGGGGACACAGUGGAGGAACAGGUCGUGUGUCGGACCUUUCUAUGGUGGCCAAAACUGUGUCGGGGACUUCAACGCCACACAGAGUUGCAACGUCCAGAGCUGCCCAGGUUACUAUCAUGAUAAAGCCAGACAAAAAUUGAUAUUCAAAAUAUAUAUCUAAAACGUAUAUUGAUCAUUAAAAAAAAAUAUGAUUAAAAAGCUAUGUGAAAUUCAAGGAGAGCUCAUUAAAGAUCUAGAAAAUGUAGCCGCUUAUUUGUGAACGCUUUUAAAACUUGAUAUGUAACAGAAUAGUAAUUUGAAAAGAAAAUUAAUUACAAUUUUUCAGUUCAUAUACGCCCAAUUCUGUUUUUCGGUGCAACCUUUUACAAUUUUAAGGAAUUUUCUUCUUCUUAUAUUUGAGGUGCCCACGGUCAAUUUGUUGAUCAUUCUGGCUCCUUUUUUAAAUUCACAGUUUGCCUUCUCUUAGAUGGGUUGCCGUCCAAGGCUAACGAGUCCCAUCCAUUGUUCUUUCCCAAUUUAAUGUAAAGAUGAACAUUAUAAAUUAAAGACGCUAUGUCAGUGCUAGUUUAACACCUUAAAAUAAUUUGUUUAUAAAAUAUUACACGCCGUAUAUUGAUAUGUUAACCCCUUUCUGUAGUUGAUGGCUACUACAAGAACUGGUCAGACUGGGGCUCGUGCUCCGUGACCUGUGGCGGUGGUCAGCAAUACCGCCAGAGGUCGUGUGUCCAGCCAUUGUAUGGAGGGGCUGACUGCGUGGGACCCAGAAAUGAGACACAGGCUUGUAAUGAUAAGCACUGUCCAGGUACUGUAGUAGUGUUACUG